GUGGAUAUUCUUCUCAACCUCAAUUUCGACUUGUCCCGGCAGGAUCCGCACGGGAAAACCCCAGUGCUUUGUUGCACCGCAAACUCGCUGAAGGACAUGCUCAUCUUACUAGUUAAGCAUGGGGCUGAUAUAACUGCCAGGGACAAUAUGGGCAACUCGAUUUGGCAUCUUGCGGCAGCCGAAAAUUCACACGUCAUUCUCCGACAUCUAUUGGCGACAGUCGACCAGCCAGACCGUGCUCUACGAUACUUCUGUGGUGAUGAGCCCAUCUUGAUACAUGCUGCAACGUGGGGUUCAGAGGAUGUCAUUGUUGCCCUCCUGAAAGCCGGCGCUGAGACAAACCUGAAACUGGAAGACGGCAAUACCCCAUUACAUUCAGCCAUUGAUGGAUCUUCAAGGAUGGUCCGCAUUCUUCUGUUACGAGGGGCCGACUUGAAUGUUCAAGCUGUUGACGGGAGUACGGCUUUGGAUUUUGCCGCGCGCUUCGAACAAGUCAGGGCAGCUAAGGCGCUCUUGGAACACGGGGCUAAACAUAACUGCGAGGACUCGCAAGGACUUACUCCUCUGAUGUACGCCUAUCGAACCGGACUUGAGGGCAUGAUCUCGUUGUUUAUUGGGAAGGAGAGUGACCCGCAGGCUAAGAGCUCCUCCACUAAUUGGCGAAGCUCCAUUGCUCUAGUCACUGCGCUCGAGCACGCUAUUGAGAAGGGUGUUGAUGCCUUAAUUGAACUUGGCGCCAGUCUCGAGGAUACAGACAGUCUAGUUUGCACACCACUUCAUCUAGCUGCAUCGAAGGGUCAGUGCGACAUUAUCGACCGUCUAGUUCGUGCCGGCGCAUUGGUCAACAAGCGAACCUUGAUCGGCGACACACCCCUGAUGGCUGCCGCGUGGGCAGGGCAGAUAAAUGUGGUGAGAAAGCUG